AACUGAUCAAAAGAAAACCAAUUCAAUGUUAUAAAAAUCUUCAGUUAAUGCAGUCGUUCAUUUUCUUUGUCUUCUUGAUCUAUGGAUUUUUCCCGCACUGUCAAAGUAUAAACGAUGGAAAUAUAAAAAUUAAUCUGCCAAACCAACAAGAUGUUAUCUACAGAUAUACCAGGUCUGAACGAGGAGAUCCUGCUGAAAAAGAAGGUUCCGUGUUCAAGUUGAGGACAACUGUCUUCUUUGUUGUCUACGGGCUUCUAGUUUUGUUAGCAUUCAUUGCAUUUCUUGUAUGGAGACUUCGACGAUCAAAAACUCAAGAGAAACGGAAAAAUAUGGCUCUCAUGAACAUUUAUAGUGAUUUAAGAGAUACAGGAGAUGCAAUGCCGGAAGAACUGAAAAAUCGACCACUCAAUGAUAAGCUUGACUAUCUCCCGUACAAAAAGCAAUAUGAAAUUGCUAGUGAAAAUCUUGAAAACAAAAGUAUUCUGGGCUCCGGGAACUUUGGAGUUGUAAGAAAAGGAAUUUUGAAAAUGGCAAGUCCAAAGAAUGAAGAAGAGAAGAAAAUGAGGCUGACAGUAGCUGUUAAAUCGGCGGCCAAUUGCUACGACAUUUCUCAAACAAGCAUGCUUGCCGCAGAGCUUCGAUUGAUGUGUUCCAUCGGUAGAUUUCCUAAUGUAUUGGCUCUCGUUGGGGCUGUCACUUCGGAGUUGAGAAAAGGACGCCUACUGAUUGUCACGGAGUACAUAGACUGUGGAGAUAUUCGAAAAUACCUGAUUGAUCAUCGAAAUGUAUUCCAAGAUCAUUUGAUCGAAGAUAAAACAGAGCCAGAUAGUUAUUUAACGCCAAUCAGUGCUAAACGGAAAAAUUACGUUUUCAAGAAUACCGAUGAGAAUAGUGAUUAUGUGAUUAAGGAAAGUUUGGACUCUUUGACAACAUCUGAUCUUCUUUCCUUUGGACUUCAAAUAGCUAACGGAAUGCAAUACUUGGCUUCUAUUCCGAUGGUUCACAGAGAUUUGGCGCUAAGAAAUGUGCUCCUAAAAAAGAACAAAACAAUUCGAAUCGCAGAUUUUGGAAUGGCAAGAACACAUGAAAACAAGUCAUACUAUAUACCACAAAAAACCAAAGAUGCUCCGGUACCAGUUCGCUGGAUGUCUCCAGAAGCUUUCGACACAAUGAAGUUUACCGAAAAAUCUGAUGUCUGGUCAUUUGGUAUCUGCCUCUAUGAGAUCUUCACGCUGGGACAACUUCCAUAUCCAGAUGUGCCAUCAGAACGAAUUUAUGAAUAUAUGCAUAGCGGUAGACGAUGUCCUCAACCACAGCAUUGCCAUGUUGAAUUAUAUGAUCUUAUGAAACUUUGCUGGCAUGAGAAACCCGAGCUACGGCCUAACUUCUCUAAUUGCGUCGAAUACUUCAUCGGGCACAUGAAAAAAUCUGCUAGUAAACUUCUCGAAAAUGUAGAUGAAAUGUUGCGAGUUGAAGCUGAAAAUCAAAGAAAGCUAGAAGAUUGGAUAAGGGUAGAACGAUCGGAAUCGGUUUAGAAAUAUUAAAGAAAUUCAAAUGUUCAAAUUAAAUUUUAGACGUGUAUUGCUUAAGGAUGAAAUGAAUUAUUGUUAUGAAUCUUCAGAUGUUCAACAAAUAACUUUAGACUAUGAAUAAAUAUGUGAUCAACUC